AUGAAGUUCUCCGCUGGUCUCACUAUCCUGGCCUCCCUCGUGAGCGCCUCUCCCAUCGAGCUCGCCAAGAGGGCCGACGCGACUCCGCUCACAGCCAACAUUACCAAGAACGGCAACACGGGAGUCAUUAUCACCGUGACGAAUAAUAGCGAGGACGAUAUCAAGAUCUUCACUCCCGGCACCGUUUUGGACACAGCCGCCGUUGAGAAAGUCGCCGUCUUCGAUGGAGACAACAACCGCCUCCCCUUCGAAGGCGUCCGCCUACGCAUGGCACCCCAAAACCUCCUCACCGACGCCUCCUUCAGAACGAUCAAGGCCGGCAAAACAAUCACAUCCGCAGUCGACUUCGCCGAGCUCCACGACCUAGGCAGCGCCGACUCCUUCAAAGUCAUGGUCAACGGCGGCAUCCCCUACGCACAAGCCGGCUCCACCACCAUCGCAGGCAUCUUCAGCAUUGCCAGCAACACGCUCAACAUCAACAACGUCAACGUCACAAAGGCCGCCCUCACCCGCACCUCGUACAAGCAGAUGAUCAAGCGCACAAUUGUCCAGUCAGACUGCAAGGGCACCCAGAACAACACCGUCACCGCCGCCCUCAUCAGCUGCCAGAAGCUCGCGCGCGCCGCGGCCGACUACGUCUCUAAGAACGACAAGCGCUUGAAUGAGUACUUCAAGUCGACGACCGCUGCUAGCAAGAAGAUCAUCGUCGAUACCUUUAACAAGGUUGCUUCCGAGUGCAGCACCCGGAACAAGGGCGUCUCCAAGCAGUACUGCAGCGACGUCUACAAGUCUUGCUCGCCUGGUGUCUUGGCUUACACCGUCCCGGCUUAUAAGUACAUGGUCAACUGCCCCUUGUACUUCACUGCGCUUCCUCUGCUCACCACUGGUUGCCACAACCAGGAUCAGUCGACAACCACUCUGCACGAGAUGACGCACUUGCUCGAAGUCAAGGGAACAUUGGACUAUGGCAUCUACGGCUACACUGCACUGAAGACUCUCACGAGCGCCCAGAACCUCAACCACGCAGACACCUAUGCGGUCUACGCCAAUGCUGUCAACCAGGGCAAGACUUGCUAG